GGAGGGAGGGAGGGAGAUAUAGGCUGAGGGAGAGAGAAAGCAAGGGAGAAAAUAUAUGGAGGAGGAGAGCUGCAGGAAUUCUCCUCUAGAAAGAACGCAAACAUUGUGUUUGUGAAUGGGAGCUGGUGAGCUCAGCCACAGGGGGAGUGUGUUCUGAAAAACUAGGCAGCCGCUGGUGAGCCUGAACACCAAUCCUCUCCCUUCUGCCAGGGGCUGGGGGGAUUGAGCCAGGAUUUCCAUUGGGUUCUUCCAGGGAGUGAUUUAGAGAAGAGUCCAGAGCUGUUGGUUAGGAUUUCUAGCUGUAUGUAAGGAAUAUGCUGGAGAAGGUUUGAACACACUGUUAGCUGUUAUUGCAGAUUGAACACAGUAGUGUGUGCGACGUGGAGGCUCAGUCCGCUGGUUUAGUGUUGGCAGUGCUGCUCCCACCCCUGCUGCUGGGUCUGUUUUGGGGCUAUGUUUCUGACUGACUAGGGCAGCAUCACCCACAUGCAGGGCAGAGGCUGAAUCUGAGGUUAAGAGUGCAACAAACCAGCAUGGGAGCCAAACAGAUGAAAUGCCUCAGUUCAGCCAGCCCUGCACACUCCCCUAAAGAAAAGUACAUCAUCGCUCAGUCCACAGACACUCCUAAAGAAGCAUUUAUCUCAGCUCAAUCUGAAGACCACGCCGAGCCUGGGGAUAACAAAUCAGAGUUGACGGAAAGGAAAUCUGAUACAGAAGAGGUGUUGUCUCUCUGCGGCCUGUGUCCUGCCACAGGGCAUGGUGGGCCAGAGGAGGAGAGAUCAUGGGAGGAGCAGCUGGAGUGUCACCAGGAGCAGCUGGAAAAGGAGAUGCAGGAGGCCAGGAGGAUGGUGUUCCGCCUGCAGGCUCUACUGCUGCACGGGUCUCUCCCUGAGGACGAGCAGGACGUCUCCCUGGGCUUCGGGGAUAGCAGAGCUAACUCUGAGCAGCAGCUGGUUGUAAUCCGCAGUCGUCUGGACCAAAGCAUGGAGGAGGCUCUUGAUCUGAAGAGGGAGCUUCUGAGGCACAAGCAAGAGGCACGCCACCUUCAGGCUAUUAAGGAUGCUCUUCAGCAGCGUAUGUCUGUACAGGAGGCUGCGGUGCUGCAGCUGAAGCAGGAGCUACUGAGGUGCAGUAUGGGCAAAGAGCAACUGGAGGGGGAGAACGCAGAGCUCAAACGGAAGUUGAGCGAUCGGAACAAACUACUCAAUGAGUAUGAGCAGCAACUUGGAAAAAAGGAUCGACUACUUCAGCAACAGCAAAUGAAACUGGACGAUGCUCGGCACAACUCUAAUGAAGGAAGCCACAGGUCAUCUAGGAGUGAGAAGAGUGGGUACAGUAACGCUGUGAGCCCACCCCCUGGUCCGGCCUUCCAACACACAGCUGAUUCUACAAACCAUACCACACAAGUGACAAAGCAAAAACAGCAGGGAGAGGAACUGCAGCUGGUGAGGGAGGCCCUGCGUAGUCUGAGGGAUGGUUUCUCAGGUCACGACCCUCAGCAUCACACCCUGGACACACUGGAGCAAGGGGUGGCCAGUCUCAUGGACCGCCUAUACACACUCGACACACGCCGCAGGCAGCAGGACAGAGAAGGACACACACAACAAUACACACAGAAGACCACAGAGGGUCCAUACAAGUCACCAGGACGAAGAGCCAACCCCACAGACAGGGACUCAUGGCCACCCAGCUCAAAAAUAGCUCACUCCCACAGUAGUCCUGGCCUGGACUCCACAGUCUCCACUAAAGUCCUCUACUUCACUGAUCGUUCACUCACUCCUUUCCUGGUCAACAUCUCCAAAAGGCUGGGGGAGGUGACUCUGAGAGACUUCAAGGCAGCGGUAGACCGCCAGGGUAGCUUCAGGUACCACUUCAAAGCCCUCGACCCAGAGUUUGGGACUGUGAAGGAGGAGGUGUUCCAGGACGGAGCCCUGGUGCCUGGCUGGGAGGGGAAGAUAGUGGCCUGGGUGGAGGAGGACCAUGGAGAGAGACGGUAGAAGUGGGAACCAACCAACCAUAGAGGGAACCACUAGCCUCAAACUGUGACCACUGGACAAUGAUGUCAUAACACCCUCUCAGUAUUCACAGCAGCCCUGCAGAGGUAGUUAUUAAAACAAUUGGGACCAAUCUAUUUAUUACUGUUUCGAGAUAAAACCAUACUUUCAAAAAUGGCUCUGUCCUAUGGACUUUUGACUUACAGUAACUGUUUGAAGUACAAGUUGUUGCCAAAUAUGAAUAAAGUUCUUCACAAUACAAUUUUGAAGUUUUAAUAAACAUGGAUUAUUGCAUGAA